UUUUGUAGUCCAAAUGUAAGUUGACCAAGUAAAUCGUGACGUCAUAAGGUGUGUCAACGCGUUGAUCAACACGGCAAAGCAGCAGGUGAAGAAGCGGUAAAUUCCGAGCAUAAUCUUAUUUAAAUAUGGCUAAACAGGCACAAUUUAAAAAGGAAGAGCUGCAGGAAGCCUUCACAAUGUAUUGCUCUGCAGACAAUACCAUUCCCUGUUCAAGGCUUGCUGCAGUCAUUCGAUCAGUUGGAGGAGCUCCAACAGAAGAAAAGAUUCGGCAUUUGUGUACAGAGUUUGAGAGUAAAGGAAAGAAGACCCUUACUUUGCAAGAGGUAGAUGCCAUCUGGACAAAAUAUACAUUUGCCCCAGUUCCGGCAGAUGAGUUAAGAGAUGCAUUCCGUAUAUUUGACAAGGAUGGAAAUGGUAUGAUUAAUGCAGGAGAACUGCGGCAUGUCCUCACAAAUCUUGGUGAAAAAUUGACAGAUGAAGAAGUAGAUGAGAUGAUUCGAGAGGCUGAUCUAAAUGGUGAUAAUCAGAUAAACUAUGCAGAGUUUGUGAAGGUAAUGCAGGAUGGAUGUUAAUCAUGGAGAACCAGGACAAAUCACACUUAUUUUAUAAAAUAUCCAUUCCACUGAUCACCACAUGCAAGGGAUCUUGACAUCUGUGUUCAUGCCUGCCAUCUUCUUUUGAGCAGUUGCCUCGGUGAUUCUCAGAGAAAAUAAAUUUCACAAAAUGUGUAAUGCUUUAAUUGAAUACUUCACUUUCUUGCUAGAAAUUUGAGCUAAAAAGACUAGAAAUUAUUCAGAGAAUGAGAUUUUUAUAUAUCUGUUUUUGCCAUGUGAAACAAAUCAACACAUAAAAUAAAGUAAAGCCAUGACAUACUCCAGUCUAUUUUUUGUCAUUUUGUCAGCUAUAUUAUUAAGGCUUACACACAUACAACAUAAUUUGAAACUUUUUCCCUAGCUUAACAACACAUAAAUGUUGAGAAAUUUGCAGUGGAGGUGUGGUUGCUAAAGAGCAGAACCCUGGAUUUGUAAAGUUAACCUUCAUGAUGAUAAUCUUGUGCAUCCAGAAACUGGUGAAAGAGGUAAUCCAAAUAUUUCUUAGACAGGUUUCAUCAGAUGUAAUCCCAUAUUGUUUAAUUUCGAGAAACAUUGCCUAAAACUAGUAAAAAAAAAGGUAUUUGCCCUUUUGUAGCCUCAUUUCAUUUAGGUAUAUCCGUGAUUACCAGUUUCAGCAUAUCUUAUCCUAAAAUAUGAUGAACCUUACUAUCACAAGGUUUAGCAUUUUUAGAAUUGCAGUUUUUACCUACAUUUCUUGGGUAUUUCACACUUGUGCACAUGUAGAAUUUUAAUCCUUUUCUACAGUGAGUGGUGGUGGUGGUUGGUAGAAUUUAUAGUCUUUUACUUUAAAUGUUAACUGUGCUGUGCUUUAUAAAUAAUCUUAGCUAAGUGAUUAAUAGAUUUUCUACUUAAGUUAAUUAUACAUGAAGACUGGUUCUUAUUUGGUUCCUACAGUUAUUUUUCAUAGCUGAUGAAAUGGACAGGCAUGCAUUUUUUUCACUUUGUACAUUAAUUGCCAAUUUUUAUUAUUUAAAUUGUUGUUUUAUUCAGUGAUGUGUAUAUUUGAAGAAAUAAUCCAGCAAUUAUAAAAGCAUACUAUUCGCUCUAGAAUAUUUUUAUCUGAAAUCAAGAAUAUUUCCUCAGGCAUGGUGGAGCAUAAUGCUAAGAUGCAUGAAACCUUUAGCUUUAACUUUUUUUUUUUGCAGGCUCUUGCCAUGAUUAAUAUAAUUGAAUAAAUUUUGCAUUAUAUUUUAUUGACAGAUUUUUGCUGCUGAUUUUUACUAAGGAAAAAUUCACACUUCAUUUUGCCUCACCUUUUUAAAACAAACAGCAUAGGAUGUGAAAUAGCGUCAGUGACUUUUGUACAUGAAUCAUUAAAUAUAUUAAAAAGACUUAAAGGAUACUUAACUUUACAAGGCUGAUUCCAAUUGUCAGAGGAUCUGAUUAUUGACUACAUAUUUAAAUGCCACAUUAUUGAACUGGUCAAACAGUGCUGGUCUGUCAAUGAUUAUCAUCUUCAAAUACUGGAAACAUUCAUAUUUGAUUGGUUUUUUCGAUAUAUGCUUAUGGCAUUCCUGUUUUAGUACUAAUAAAACUGAGGGCGGAUGUUUAAAAUGUCAAUGUUUCAGUGUGCCACAGAAUUAACAUUAUGCCAUCAUUUUUUUCCAUCUAGUAUUCACAUUGUUAAUAUAAAAAUAAGGGUAUGUAUUUUGGGAGAGUUUCUAGAAGCUUGGUACAAGAACUGUUUCCUUGCAUUUGUCUACGAGCUCAGUCACCGGACAUCCAGAAAGAACCUACACACAAAACAACCACAUUAAAGGUGUACCUGUCUGGUGUUUGAUCUUUUUUAUGUCAUCAGUUCAUUUAGCACACCUGCAGCUAUUUUGCAGAAGAUAAUGCAUGAAGAUGAUGCAUGGUUGUGACUUAUUUUGCAUGUGAAGGACAGUACACCAUUUUACCAGUGUGAAAGAGCCCAGAAGAUGUUACAAAUAAAAUUCACUUUGUAAAAACAGACAUUGGGAAGAUUUGCAUGUAUCUUUAACAUGCUGAAAGACUCUUUCAUGUGCUGCUUUUUAUGACAGGUGAAAAACUGGUGUGUGAUCAUAAAUUGAAAGAUGAUCAAUAGGUCUGAUAUUUUGCUACAUAAACCUACGAUUUUUAUAUUUGUGUGCAUGCUGUUAUCAAGAUCACAUCUAGAGUCCGAAUUUCAGCAAAUGCCAGAAAUUUGAUGCUUAGUAAAACACUGCUAAUAUUCACUGUACCAUGUGGCAUUACCUUAGAUAAAAUAUUAAUUGUUAGUUUUGUGGGUUCAGCCUUGAUAAAGAAGAUAAAAGAAUGAUAGUAGAAAUAUUUUGGUGGUAUUUUUAUAGCUGGCGCAGAGUGUAUUGUUCCAUCCUUUAACAUAAAAUGUAUGAUUUUAUUUUGAAUCAAAUGCAUUUUUGGUAUUUUAUUUAACAUGCUUAAAUUCAUUUUCUUGACUGUUGAUGCUGAAAAUAUUUAUAAUUUGUUACCACUAGUAAAAUUUACUUACAGCAAA